GAAGACGACCGACGACCUCCAUGUUCUGUUGUUGAUGCCAAUGUGUUUGUUGUUUGUUGUUCGACGCUCCUUUGCAACAAGAGCAAGAACAAGAACAACAACAACAAACGGGCUUUUUUUUAUUUAAUUUUUUUUUCUUCUUCUUCUACGUACUCCACACUUCGAUGCCUUCCAAAAAACAUCAACAACAACAAGGAAGAGGAUAACGCGAAGAGCGAAGACGAACAACUGCCGUGGUAAAAACACUGAACGAUAAUCACAAAAGUAGUAAUAGUAGUUGUCGUGGUGGUAGCAGUAGUAGUAGUAGUAGUAGUAACGUUGAGGGUAUCAUCAUCAUCAUCAUCAUCAUCACCAUCAUCAUCGUCAUCAUCGUCAUCAUCAUUAUCAUUAGCAACAUCAUUAAGAUCGGCCCUCACUAACGUCCAUCCACCGCUGCCUCCACCAGAACCCUUAAACACUUCACCAUCAUACCAAACUUUGUCCAUGGAAGCUUGUUAUCCUUAUUAUCCCUACAAAACAUUCUCUUCCUCAUCACCUCCAUCAUCAUCACCCUCAUCUCCAUCAUCAUCACCAACAACAACAGCAGUCGGCUAAACAUGAAAGGUCUUGAAAGUCCUGUGAAGAAACGUGCUCGCUUGUCAUUAAAAAGACGGGAGCCAGCGUCCGAGAAGAUAUCUCCACCAUUACUGACGAACUUGAGCGGUGGCAAAUGCAAAGCUUCUGUUGAUUCCACCAAUUGUCCUGCCGCCUCAGCUACGCAGUCUGACGGCAUCGACAAUGUUGUUACUACAAGCACUGCCCAUGCCGUGGCUUCAAUGGUCACGUCACUGCCUCGGAACUCAUCGAUGACCAACGCAUCCGAAGCAGAGAAUUCUUGGGAACCAAGUAGGAGUAAAGUGAAUUCUACUGCAGAUGUUGGUAACGAUGUCAUCAGCAUCAACUCUGAUGAUGUCUAUGAGUCAAUGCCCAUAGUGGCAGCACUGGAGAAUUUAGAUAAUACAUGCUUCCUGAACAGCGUGCUGCAGAUUUUGAGAUACACACCUUGCUUUGUUGAUGGACUCAAUGAGUUGUGCUACAAAGUAGCGAAACACACCAGAUCUUUUGCUGAUUCAUCUGUUGAGAGUGAAUCCUCACGUGUUUGGGAACUGGCUUUAUCUAUUUCUGAGGUUUUCAAACAGAUGAGUGCACUAGAACGAAAGAUGCAAGGUUUGUCAAGUGUAACAUCUGCAAACAUAGCCCUUAAACCUGACAGGGUACAGAAUGUUGUUCGUAAACUAAAUUCAAUGUUUGAAGGAAGUUCACAGCAUGAUGCUCAGGAAUUUCUGCAGUUUAUACUGUACCAUUUACAGGAAGCCGAGAAGUUACUUAAGAAGGCGUCAGCCAGUGAAGCCAACAGCAGCAGCAGCAGCGGCAGUGGCAACACCAGCAGUAGUAACAGUAGAAGCAACAGCAGCAGCAAUUUCAAUGGUACUGCUUCACCUGUUUCUCUCUCCUCUUCAAGUGAGAACAUCUCCUCUACAUCUGGGACACUAAGCACUGACAACAGUGCGUUUGUAAGCAACAAGACUAUGGUCAACAACAGCGAGCCAUCCUGUGAUGGCUUGCACUUAUUACCUCCCACUGAAAUAGCUUUAUCUCCAAAUUGCUCCAUCAGCCCCGAUGUCAUUGUACGCAGUUAUUCAUUAGACGACUUGAGUUCUACUUUACACACAUCUUCAUCUUCAUCACAGAAGACGUCUGAGUCUGCCCUCACUGACCAAUGCCCUGCCGCUCAUCAGUCGGACAAAACGUCUGACUUUAAAACUAAUUUAUUAAAACACCAAUGCGUAUCUUCUCUUGACGAUGCUAACUCUGUUUCAGAGUUUGGGACAUCUACAUUAACUAAACUGCAGUCUGGUCUUGAUUCCAGUAGCCACAACAGUCACACUAAUGGUAUUUCUUCUGUGGGAGGUACCAGGGUAUUCUCUGCGGAAGACACAAAGCUUUCUUCAACAGAGGAUUCAAAGUCUGCUUCUGUGGAGGAUGUGAAGUCUUCCUCUGUGGUGGAUAAAAAAUCUACCUCUGUUAAGGACAAGAAGUGUGUCUCUGAAGAGGGUUCUAAAUCAGCUUCUGUGGAAGGUGUAAAACAUGUUUCUGUCGUGGAUAGUAAAUGUGCUUCCUUGAAGGACACAAACUGCAUCUCCAUGGAAUACACUAACUGUACCUCAGAGGACGACACAAAAUGUAUCAUUGUGGAGGAUAAAAAGUCUACCUUCAAGAAAGACAGAGAUUGCAUCCUUAGCAGGGGCAUAAAAUUCGUCCAGGUGGACGACACUCAGGAUAUCUACAUGGAAGACAUUUCAGAUAAAAAGUUAGUGCCUGUUGAAAAUCCGAAGAGCAACUCUUUAGAUAACAUGAAGGACAGUUCUGCUCUGAAGGAGGUUACGAAGCCGACUUGUGAGACAGAUGCAAGGCAAGUCAGGGGGGAGGACAUGCUGUUAAAAAAUAGCUCCUCCUCCUCCUCCUUCAUCCUUACUCCUCCUCUUACACCUCUCUCUGCGAAAUGCUUUACCAUUGAAGCUGCUGUAACAAAUGGGAAAAUUGGUGUAAAUGGGCCCCUUUCUGUCGGUCAGUAUUCUUCGAAAGCCACCCACCCAACCCCUCUCCUGUCACAGUCACAGGCAUCUCCCUCAUCUUCAGCACCGGUGCCUCACUGCCAUUCUGCCUCUGCCCCACUACCUCCCUCCACACUUUCCCCUUGUCUUUCUCCCCCGCCUCCUCUGUUGGAAAACUCCUGCCAUUCACCUGGAAACUGUCCCACGAUUCAGACUACCGCUUCCGUUACUGCCACCGACAACACCAUAAACAGUGCCACCGCCACUACCACCACCACCUCCACCACCAUCACUACCACUUCUACUAACACAAACGCUACUGACACAAACACUGCUAGCACCACCACCACCACCACCACCACCACUGCAAAUGCUAACAACAACAACAACAACAGCCAUACAUACAGCAAAAACAACAACAAGAAAACUAAAUCAAAAAACACAGUGUCGUUACACAAUGGUAUGAGUAAGAACCAAGUACGUCAAAUCUGGAAUUCUUUUGUGAAGCUGGAAAAAUGUGACUUGGUGUGCAACAGUGCCCUCAGUUCUGUAAAUGUCUAUUACGCCAUCGAGUGCCUUAAUACAGGGAACUCUUUGAAAAAAAAGAAGGAUUUUGUCAAACAGCUGUUUCUCGGGACCAUCUUGUCAAGGACUCGCUGUCUGGAGUGUGAAAAGUCAAGUGAAAAGCCCGAGGAAUUCCUUGAGGUCAGUGUUCCGUUGAAGAAAACCUCAAAUCCCUUAAGGAACAGUGAUGGAGAAAGCAGUGAUCCCGAAAAUGAAGACAGCUCUGAUCAGAACACAUUGAUCAGCUUCAUCUCGUCUUUCUCUGAAGUGGAGAAACUGCAGGGUGACAAUAAAUACUACUGCGACAGUUGCUACAACUACGUGGAGGCUGAUCGAUCUCUUCAUUACGAUACCUUGCCAGACAUUCUUACUGUACACCUGAAACGAUUCUCAGCAUCUUCAGAAAUUGGACUAAUGUGUAAAAUCAAUGAUCAUGUGGAUAUUCCCCUUUCCUUGCCAUGCCUUCUUUAUAAAUGCCCCAAAGACUGCUAUCGUCAGGAUCAUCGGUACAGUUUGUUUGGAAUGAUCACUCAUGCUGGUUACACCAUAUCCUCGGGACACUAUGUUGCCUAUGUGAAAACCUUCGCCGGCUCACUAACCUGGCACUUCCCACCGAACGGUGGACAGCGAGAAUCGAUGCCAGUGAACAGUGCUGCAAGCUGCCGGUCGUCAUACUCAGACUCGCACUCGGAUGGCGACAUCUUCUGGCUGGAAUGUGAUGACAGCUCGGUGCGUGUGUUCACCGAGGAAGACUUCCUGGAGCGGCUCUCCUCCGAGGGCCUGCUGACGGGGACACCCUAUUUAUUGUUCUACCACAGAUCUCCAAUGAAGCGUUCGUAGUAGUGUCGCAGCUCUGGUGCCGGGCCAACAGGCCCACCUCUCUCUCUCUUGUCCGAUCACCUGCCUUGCACUGGGAGUGAACUCCAACUACCCCUGUGCAUGCGUGUUGGGCUACCAGUUGCCAUCACUCUGCUGCUGCUGCUGACAACCACAAAAAACACCCAACAAACAAUACCUUACUAAGCCACCACCACCAUUACCACGUUACCAUUGUUAUUGUCAUUGUUAUUAUUAUCAUCAUCAUCAUCAGCAACAUCUUUCAUGAUGUUAUUUAUGUUCUAGUUGUAGUAUUUUAGCAUUAGCAGUGUUUUGUGUUGUAGCCCCGUUCAUUCUUCCAUCUCAGCCUAAAACAAAAAUAGAUAAAUAAAAAAAAGCUUCCUUCACCGCUCCCCUCCUCAUAAAACCCCCAACAUAACAAUCUAUUAAAAAAAAAAUCCACCGUAAUUAUUUAAAAUAAACACAGAAAAACAAAAAAAAAAUAACCC